AUGAAUAAGAAAACUUCUAUUUCCUCCUCUUCCAAUGCCGUGAAUGGUGUGGAGCCGCGUAUAAAGAUCAUCUCAUUAGGCUCCUCCGGUGUGGGAAAGAGUUGUGUGAUUAAACGAUACUGUGAAGGCCGUUUUGUGCCUAAAUACAUCCCCACCAUUGGUAUUGACUAUGGAGUUAAGCGGGUGGAGGUGCGGGCCCCAACAACAGUCUCCUCCUCCUCCUCCUCCUCUCACCAAGCCCCCACAGCAACUGCGGUUGGUGGAAAGAUAUCUGUACGUGUAAACUUCUGGGAUAUGGCUGGAGCGGAGGAAUAUUUGGAGAUCCGCAAUGAAUUCUACGCCGCUGCAGAGGGCGUCCUAUUAGUGUAUGAUGUCACAGACGCGGCUAGUUUCGCGGCUCUUGAUGGAUGGCUAAAAGAAAUGGAGAAGUACGCCCAUCCACAACAACGAGUAACGGGUGUAGAUGCGGUGAUUGCACGUCCAGCAGCCAAAUCAUUGGUAGUGGUGGUGUGUGCAAAUAAGGCAGAUGAUGCGGUGGAUGGAAUGAAUAAUAGCAACAGCUUUAACAACAAUAGUAAUAGUAAUAAUAAUAUGGGAAGCAGUGGGAGUCAAAUGAAAGGUAAAAGACGUGUUGUGAGUGAGGCGGAGGGACGGCGAUGGGCGGAGGAACAUGGAUUUAAAUACUUUGAGACCAGCGCGUGUACAGGCAUGCGAGUCUCAGAGGCACUGGAGACACUCUUUACAGAUGUAGUGGCAGCAUUCAUGUAG